AUGCGACUGCAGACCAACUUUGAUGACCACCAAGACGGCGGCGACCCUAUCUCCAAUUUCGAAAACGACGGCAACUUUGAUACCAACAGGGAGCUUGAGGGUAAACAGCCGCGCGGCGGGUUGGGACCGAGAUACACGCUAGAGGAGGAGAGCGAGGUGGUGAGGAGAUUUGAUCGAAGGCUGGUUCCAUUUCUGGCCCUUCUCUACUUGCUCUCCUUCUUGGACCGCUCGAACAUUGGAAAUGCAAAGAUAGCAGGACUCAAAGACGAUCUACAACUUUCAUCUUCGCAAUAUGAAGGGCUACUUACUGCAUUUUACAUCACUUACAUUCUCUUCGAAUGGAUGACGCUGAUGUACCGCGUUGUUCCCCCGCAUAUUUAUAUCUCUCUAUGUGUAUGUGGAUGGGGUCUCGUCGCAUCUUUCCAGUGUCUAGCUACUUCUUUUGGGGGCUUGGUCGUUCUCCGAGCAUUGCUUGGCAUCACCGAGGCGGCUUUUGGCCCGGGUGUUCCGUUUUACCUGUCUUUGUUCUAUCGCCGACAUGAGCUGGCUUUCCGUAACGGAUUGUUUAUCUCAGCGGCGCCGCUGGCGACAUCUUUUGCUAGCAGUUUGGCCUACUUGAUUGUCAGGUUUAGCAGUGACGGCCCGAUCUCGCCGUGGCGAACUCUGUUCCUCGUGGAGGGGUUCCCAAGUGUAAUUGUUGCGGUAUUUGCCUGGUUCCUGAUUCCGGACUCCCCUGGUCGGGCUCGAUUUUUGAAUCGUCGGCAAAGGGUGGUAGCUCAGCAGCGCCUUGAGGAGAGCACCUCCGACUAUCGGCAAUCGUACAGAAGUCGAUUCAACUGGCGAGAAAUUUGGAAGACUGCAUCUGAUCCCAAGGCUUAUAUGGCUGCCUUCAUGUUCUUCAGUUGUAACGUUGCUUUCAGUUCAAUGCCUGUCUUUUUGCCCACUAUCAUCAAAGACAUGGGAUAUUCCUCCUUACAAGCCCAAGCCCUCUCAGCACCUCCCUAUCUCGUCGCAUUUGCGGUGGUCCUGCUUACCGCAUACGCGUCAGACCGCAGCCGCUCCAGAAGCCCAUAUUUGAUAGCCCACGCCCUUAUCUCAUCACUCGCUUACUUCGCGAUCGCAGUAACGGGUUACUUCCACUCACACCUGUCACCAUGGCUUCACACAUUUAUUCGCUACAUGUGCGUCUACCCGGCCACGGCCGGGUUCUUCUCCGCAAUCACUCUCAUCAUCACAUGGUCAAUGGAUAACCGCGUCGAAAAGGAAGGCAAGGGCGCUAGCAUUGCUAUUCUCAAUAUCAUCGGACAGUGUGGGCCCUUGCUCGGGACGAGACUGUAUCCCGAGACUGAUGGGCCGUGGUACAUUCGGGGCAUGGCAACUUGCUCGUUUUUCAUGGUUGUUGUAGCGGGGUUGGCAGUGGGACUGCGGAUCCUUCUACGGAGGAUGAAUCGGGCGGCCGUGGACUCGACCUAUACCAUUGAACAGGCUGGUCCUGUUGAUCCGGGGGAAGAGCGGGAUGUGCUUAUGGGUGGUGGGAGGAGGGGUGAUCUAGAGCAUUCUACUGGGGAUAGAAGACUGGAGUACAUCAUCUAG